AUGUCCUCCGGAGAUGGUAGCAAGGCUCCCAGUUCUCAAGUCCCUUUGUAUUUAUGGGGAGGCUCCAUAGUGCAUAGCAAGAAGUUUGUGGCCAACUUGCAUCGCGUCACGACUGAUGCUCAAUUCCAAAAGUGGCGAGCUGCUUAUGCCUCUGCCAUUCCAGAUGACGUGCGAGUUAAGCUAUUGAAGUCUCGGAAGGACAACGAGCCUUUGGUGGAUGCGAAUGAUCUUGAUGCUAGGAUCAUCACCUUCCGUCCCUUUUACUUCUCCUUGGGCUUCAAAUUCCCGCUGUCAAAGCUUUUCAAGGAGGUGUUCUGCGCCAUGGGGUGUGCCCCGAGCCAAUGUACUCCAAACGUUUACCGGGCGAUCAUGUGCUUCGAGAAUCUGAGUCGUUUCUUCAUGUUGGAGCUAACGGUGCGAGAGUUCUUUCAUUUUUUCGAAGUGAGGCACUUUGAGCGGUAUGCCCAAGUUCGUGUUUACAAGGCCAAGUUGUUCAACAGUUUUAGUCAAGGAGAUCACGCUUGGCAUGACGAUGUGUUGGAGGUCAGCGGUCGGUGGGCAAGCGACGUUGGUGACGGCCCACUUGUUCCUAUCACCUAUUGCGAUGUGAGUGACAUCAGCAAGCAAUUGGAGUUUGGGCCGGACAUGGCUAAGGUCCGUCGUGCUUUGAACAUCCCUCCAAAGUUUCGCGAGUGGCGCUGGCUGUUGAGUGGGUACCGGGAAGAAGAUGGUGGUUUGCCCCCUGUCGAGGAUGUCGAAAGGUGGAAGCAGAACGGUCCUGACCCUGAUGAUCUGCUCGCCGGACAAGAAGAAUGUUCUGCUGAAUCUCUCUCAAAGAGAAAAGCUCCCGCCAAAUCUCCGAGAGGUGAAGCUACUUCUUCGCACGCAAAGGAUAGGUCUCCCUCGAGGAAGAAACCAAGGCCUUCUUCUGCUGAGAAGACACAAGUGGGGUCUACUCCCUCAUCAUCUGCCAGGGUCAAGCAUCUCGUGGGUGCAGAUAGCACGAAGGUUGGUGGUAUGCGCGCGGCCCGUGCCCGACCGAGUUCUGCCGAGCGUCAAAGAGAUGUAGACAUUCCUCCUAGAAGUUCGAGUCGUUUGCAUCGGUCAAAAGAUGGAGAUCGAAACAGGAAGUCUGCUCAUGAUCCAGAAUCAUUGACUCCUUUGGAGAUGAAGCUGGCAGAGGCUAAGAAGAUGAGAGAGUCAUCUGCCCGGGCUAAGGGCUCUUCCUCCACGUCGGCAGUUGGUCCUAAGGUGAACAAGCCUAGCUCUGUAGGGGAUGCAUGCAUAUCUGAUCUGCUUAAGACGAACUUCUUGUCAAAUCCAUCGUCCUGUGCUGAGUUGGUUGAUCACAUCCGUCAAGCUGGCGAUCUUGGUACUUUCUCGUGCCUUUCCUUGGAAAAACAAAGGGAAGCGUCAUUCCAUUUGAUUCAAAAAGGACUGAUUUUUGCUGCUGAGACUAUUCGGAACUCAUCUGCUGUUGCCCCCUCUUCUGCCCAACUCAGCGAGUUGGAGAAGAAGAAUGCUGAAUUGGCCUGCCAGCUUUCCGUCGAGCAGGCCCGCUAUGAGAAGAAGUUGUCUGAUUUGAGGGCGAUGAUAUCUGGGCUGAAAAGCUCUCUUACCGAGAAGGAUUCCGAGCUCAACUCUUCUGCUGUUGAUUUGGCUAGUCGAAAAGAGGCCUUCUUUCGUCUUGAGCGUAAGAAUGCCGACAUCUCCCUUUGCUAUGACAAGCUCCUUGCUAGAUUUCAUGCCUAUCAUAAGUCUGCUAAAGAAUCCAAGUCUGAAGCCACCAUAGAUGCGUACAAGUUGGGCUACCUGCACUGCUCAGAUGAGAUUGAUUCUUUGUAUGCGAUUGACGAUGUAGACAUCGAGACGCUCCGUCCCAACUCACCCCCUAUAGAAGGGGGAGUUGAGGAGCAGGUAGCCGGAGAGGAUGAUGCAGAGGGCAUGGUACAGGCAGAUGGAGUUGCUGAUGACGUAGCUAGUCAGGCGGAUGCCGAGGAGGCUGCCGCGUAA